UCUCAGCUUGAUUUCUAUUUUCUAAUUUCAUUACAGGAGGUGUACCUUCAACAGAACUAUGUGGGCUGAGGAUGAUUUCACUCCAUGCAGUACUCCAUGUCUGGGUAGCUGUACAGAACCUAUAGAAAAUGGAAUGUACAUCAUGUCUCAUGGAACAUCAAGGCAGUCAGCACAACAAAUAAUGGUCUAUGGAUUUCGUCACUCCGUGGACGGAAUGUUAGGCCGUGGUGUUUAUGUCAGUCGUGACCUUCAGAAGGCCAGCAGGCACCCUCUUCAUCUACCUGAACAUCAGCGUGUAGUUUUGAAGUUGAAGGUUAGAGUUGGCAGGGUGAAGAGGAUUGACUACCGGGGACACCCACUGCAGAAGACCUGGCAUGACCAUGGUUAUGACACCGCGUGGUGUCCUCCAUACUGUGGAAUGGUCAAGAGUGGCCUGGAGGAAGACUGUGUAUGGGAUCCCAGCAGAAUUACUGUUAUAGGUGUAAUCUAUCCAAAAACAUGUGAUGCAAUCGCUGCAAAACCAAGAAGAGAUGGAGUAUACACCAUGUAUCAUGGAACAUCAAGGCAGGCAGCACAACAAAUAAUGGCUCAUGGAUUCUGUCAGUCCGCAGAUGGAAUGCUGGGCCGUGGUGUGUAUGUCAGUCGUGACCUUAGGAAGGCCAGCAGCUACCCUCUCCAUCUACCUGAAAAUCAGCGUGUAGUUUUGAAGUUGAAGGUUAGAGUUGGCAAGGUGAAGAAGAUUUCCUACCAAGGACACCCACUCCAGAAGACCUGGCAUAACCAUGGUUAUAACACCGCGUGGGUUCCUCCCAACUGUGGAAUGGUCCCGAGUGGCCUGGAGGAAGACUGUGUAUGGAAUCCAGGCAGAAUUACCGUUACUUCUGUAAUCCAUCCAAAGGCGUGUUGAUAAUGUGCCACAGUGUGAAUUUAAGGCUCAAUUAGUGGAGAACUUGAGUCUUUUAUGUACUCUACAUG